AUGUCCUGCGACUUCGUUUACCAGUCUCGGAUGUACCGCGACGCUGUUAAAACCCGUGCCCGCUCCAAAAUUCAUCAAAAAUCCUGAAUACAUUUCGAUUUUGCUAUUAGCAUUCGACACGCGCUCCUCGUCCUAGGCCGUCCGCCGCACGCCACUGACACAUUUCUGCGGCUACGCGCGUUUAUUGAAUUUAGAACAGUUAUUGUUUUUCUUUUUUCAAAUCGGUGCAUUGGAAACAUUUUUGUGACUGACACGUGUUCUAGGAAUCUGUGGUUCAUUAGGAAGACAUUUUUUUUUAAACCAUGAAGAUGGACCUAAAAAGGCGCAGUGAACCUUCGUUUCUCACUUUUUGGAUAUUCCUUUUACAAAUGUUAGGUAGCGCCCGCCGCGGUGCAGAAGGCCACGGGAGGCUCAUGGACCCACCAGCGAGGAACUCUAUGUGGCGGUUCGGUUUCCCUAACCCGGUCAAUUAUAAUGACAAUGAGCUGUUCUGUGGAGGAUAUGCCGUCCAGUGGGAGCAGAACCAGGGGCGGUGCGGAGUGUGCGGGGACGCCGAUAACCUGGCGGAGCCCAGACCUCAUGAGGCGGGCGGCAUGUACGGGAAAGGCAUUAUAACCAGGCAUUAUAGUGUUGGCCAGGAAAUAGAAGUAGAAAUCGAGUUAACGGCAAACCACUUGGGCACAUUCGUAAUGAAGUUGUGUCCCAAUAACAACCCCAAACAAGAAGCGACACAGGAAUGCUUCGACAGAUAUCCCCUAUACGUAGCUGGCACGCGAGAGGACAGGUUCCUCAUACCUCUAGACACGGCGAAGAAGGAAGUCUUUAGAUAUAGAGUGCGACUGCCUCCUUAUAUCACGUGUACACAGUGUGUUCUACAGUGGACUUAUUACACAGGUAACAUGUGGGGCAUUUGUCCCAACGGCACGGAGGCGGUCGGAUGCGGGAGGUCAGAGACCUUCCGGAACUGUGCUGACGUCAGCAUUGUGACCAGCACGGGUGGUCUACCGCCGGCUUUCGCUGGCGACCUCAGGAGGGAUAACCCCUUCCUGCUCUACUACAGAGACUAUAGUAUGCCACAGAAUGUGUUCCCACUUGUUGUCAGGGACCAGGUUUGUUUGCCAUCUGAUGGCUACCGUGUAAUCCCGGGAAUGCAAAACUGGUGCCAAACCAACUGCCUCCGCUACCCGCCCAACUGUCCCGACGCACUGUGCCACUGUCCGCAAGUGUGUGAAGCUAUCGGCGAGUUACAAGGCAAAGAAGGUGCCGACGUGCACUGCAUGGACCUCUGCAUCGUGUACCCUCCUCGCUGUCCCAAGAACAAAUGCUUAUGUUACUGAGGAAAUAUUUAGAGCUAUUGCGCAUAUCUAUAUAUACUGGUCAUUUUACGUGCAGUUAUAAUAGGACAAUAGAUAACUUCCAAUGCAGUUUUGAUUUCGUUGACUUAAUGUCUUUCAAAAUCCGACAAUAUUAUAUCACAAACCUUCGGUGGGCUUUUAAAUCUACAAAUUUAUAUGUACCAUUUUCUAUUUGUUACCUUCUGUUUAAAUUUAUAUAAUAUAUUAUUGCGUAAGUAAUUAGUAGGGAUCUUAAAUAAGUAUACUCGUUGAGAAUGUCGCGCACAAACAUGUUAGAAAAAUCACGUAAAAAGCGCUUUCUGGCAAUAUCAAAUAAUAAAAAAAUGUAAUAACAUUUGGUUUUUAAAACAGCAAUCCAAUUUAAUAAAGUCUAGUGUAUAGGUAGGUACCUAAUUUAAGUUGCCUGGCUGUUUUUAAGUAAAUACUCAAAAUUAUAACGAAUUUAAAUAAAUGUACAGUUGUAUAUAUCGUAUUAACAUAUUAUAUUUGUAAAUAUAUAAUUAUCCCUCGUGGGUUAUUGUACAAUUCUGCCAUAUUAUUUUAAUAUAAUUGGUGCCAGAUUUAAUAUUAUUUUGUAAAAAUAAACGUUUUAUAACA